AUGCCUCAGCAGUUUGGAGGUUAUGGCUUCCCAGCCAGUUAUGGAGGAUUUGGACCUGGUGGAUUUGGUGGACACAUCAACUUCCCUGUCUCAAAUCACUAUCACUAUCACAGUGGUGGAUAUUCUCCACCGCUUAGCGGCGGUUAUGGGCUUGGAAAUCCGUAUACAGGAAAUGGAAAUAAUAUUAGGGGAUACGGCGGAUACGGUGAUUUAUUUCAAGGAUACUAUUGA